CGCCCCUUAACUCUGCUGCAGCCUCAGAGCGAGACAGACAUACUCAGGCCCAGAAUAUAGAAAAAUUAGUGAAAAAAUUUGAAAAAAUAAUAAAACAACAGAUCGAGGGGAGAAAGACCGUGAAAGGUGGCGUGGGGUCUCCCACGGUAGGUUUGCGAAUAGUCGGUGAUGGAAUGUUACCGGGGUUCCAUGAGAAAUUGACUAAUGCGGCGCUGGAAACUUUUUGGGGAAUAAAGAUGCAGAGCAGCAUUUCCUACUCACCUCCAACCAUAGCUGUUGGGACUGGGUGAGAGAAAGAGAGAGAAAGAGAAGGAGAGAGAGAGAGCGAGAGAGAGGGAGAGAGGGAGAGAGAGGGAGAGGGAGAGAGAUAGAGAGAGGGAGAGGGAGAGAGUGAAAAAAAGGAGCUCCACAGACAGAAGGACCAGUUCUCACAUAGUAAACAAGUACACAAAUACUUGUGUUUUUCAGCAGACAUUGACAACAACAGCACUAUCUAGACCGUAGUCGUCCCCCCCCCCUACGGCCUACCCGGCCCCGCCUGGAGCCACGCCCUUCACUGCACCCCACCACUGCCCACGUAGCGCCUGGAAGGCAGGGGAGCCACGGCCGGGAUUUCAUGGCAACAGCACCCUAGGGCUGCCAUGGCAGCUGCUGCCGCCGAUGCCCCACGCCAUAUUACCGCACUGACGCAGGAGGACGAGGAAGGAAGAGCCGCUGCCAAGCUGUACGGAGGCACUACCCUGCCACGAACAGAGAGAGAGAGGGAACGAGAGAGGGGAGAGCGAGCCAGCGGGAACGAGUGUUUGGUGUGUGGGACUUUGUUUGGUUCCCAGGAUAAACUUCGGCUUCACGCUUUCUGUCACACGGGAGAGAAACCCUUCCACUGCUCUCAGCCACACUGCCCUAAGGCCUUCAGCUCCAAAUAUAAACUGUUCAGGCAUAUGGCCACACACUCUCCACAGAAAACUCAUCAGUGCUCGUUCUGCGAGAAAAUGUUUCACCGCAAAGAUCACCUGAAGAACCACCUGCAGACCCAUGACCCCAACAAAGAGGCCUUCAAGUGUGAGGAAUGUGGCAAGCACUACAACACCAAGCUGGGCUACAAGCGUCAUGUGGCCAUGCAUUCAGCCACGGCUGGAGACCUCACCUGUAAGGUGUGCCUGCAGAGCUACGAGACUACCCCUGCCCUGCUGGAGCAUCUCAAGAGCCACUCGGGCAAGUCCUCCGGAGGUGCCAAGGAGAAGAAGCACCCGUGUGACCACUGUGACCGCCGCUUCUACACACGGAAGGACGUGCGUCGCCACAUGGUGGUCCACACCGGCAGAAAGGACUUCCUGUGUCAGUACUGCGCCCAGCGCUUCGGCAGGAAGGACCACCUGACGCGGCAUGUGAAGAAGAGCCACUCUCAGGAGCUGCUGAAGAUAAAGACGGAGCCUCCCGACAUGCUAGGCCUGCUGGGCUCUGGCUCCUCCCCCUGCACUGUCAAAGAGGAGCUCAACCCCAUGAUGUGCAGCAUGGGUUCCAACAAAGACCCCAUGCUGGCCAAGCCGUUCCCCAGCGGCACCUCCUUCCCCAUGGGCAUGUACAACCCCCACCACCUCCAGGCCAUGUCCAACCCUGGGGUGGGCCACCACCACUCUCUGAUGUCCGGCUCCCUGUCCACUGCCAUGGGGAUGGGCUGUCACAUGGAGCCCCCGAUCCACCACCCCCAUCACCCGCACCACCACCACCACCACCACUACCAUCACCACCACAUCCAACACUCCCCCCCGCUGCCCCACCUGCAGCAGCCCCAACAGCACCAGCAGCAACAGCAAGCCCAGCCGCCGCCCAAGUACCAGCUGGGAUCUACCUCAUACCUGCUGGACAAGCCCCUCAAAGUGGAGAUGGAGAGCUUUCUCAUGGAUCUGCAGAGUGGGCUGCCGGGCCACCACUCAGGCGAUCAUCAUCAUGCUGCUUCCUCGCCCCCCAAGGAGGGACUAGAGCACCCCUCAGGCCUGACAGACGAGCUGUGUGGUGACCCCCUCCUGUCCAAGAGCCCUGCGGUCAUCGCUGAGGCUCUGUGCGCUGCUAACAUGGACUUCUCUCACCUGCUGGGCUUCCUGCCCCUCAACCUGCCCCCUAACCUGCCCCCUUACAACGCCCCCAUGAGCACAGCAGGGCUAGUCAUGAGCUACACCUCGUCUACCCCUGCCUCCUCCUCUUCCUCCUCUUCGUCAUCCUCAUCCUUGCAUGCUGCCGAGCCCCACGCCGCUGCCACAGCUGCAGCCGCACCUCUUACCUCUUUGCAACCUCAACCUCAAGAGCAGCAUGGCUCCAGCGGGGGCCUGGGUCUAGGGCCCCUGCACCCUCUCCCGCCAGUGUUUAGCUCCAGCCUCAGCACGACCACCCUGCCUCGCUUUCACCAGGCCUUCCAAUGAGGGGCCACCAGGCCCGGCCCGGUCCCUACGCCUUCAUCCUCAGCUCACUGCCUGGGCGCCCAAGGUCCAAGGGGCCUCCUGCUGGCCGCAAGGACGGUGAUAAAAACACAUGAACACUUAGAUGCCUUAAUAGAAUCACAGAAAAGCUUUUGAUUGAGCCCUAGAGAAAACUGAACCCUUUAUUGAAACAAAAGGGAUAAGAUGAGACAUUUUAAAACAAAACUUUCUUUCUAUCCUUUAGUUAUAACCUCUCCCACCAACCUAUCUCCCUGAUCUAUGAUCCCCUCUCCCACCAACCUAUCUCCCUCAUCCAUGAUCCCCUCUCCCUUUAUUAUGUAGGUAGUAGGCAGCAUCAGUAGGCCUGAAGGCAUGGUACUGCUACUUUAUAAAGUAAUAAUAUUAGGAAAAAAAAUCAAAGAUUAAUUUUAGAGAAGAUGUUUUGAAGUGGAUGAAAUAUAAUUUUCUUGCUUUUCCAAAUGUGACUGAACAUGCUAGAUUAUCUCUCCUAUGAGUGUAAAGGUCUGAACCACCUGCCCAGAAACACACCCUGUCUGUCAUCAUCACCAUCAGAGGGAAAACACACCCUGUCUGUCAUCAUCACCAUCAGAGGGAAAACACACCCUGUCUGUCAUCAUCACCAUCAGGGGGAAAACACACCCUGUCUGUCAUCAUCACCAUCAGAGGGAAAACACACCCUGUCUGUCAUCAUCACCAUCAGGGGGAAAAUAUACCCUGUCUGUCAUCAUCACCAUCAGGGGGAAAACACACCCUGUCUGUCAUCAUCACCAUCAGAGGGAAAACACACCCUGUCUGUCAUCAUCACCAUCAGAGGGAAAACACACCCUCUCUGUCAUCAUCACCAUCAGAGGGAAAACACACCCUCUCUGUCAUCAUCACCAUCAGAGGGAAAACACACCCUCUCUGUCAUCAUCACCAUCAGGGGGAAAACACACCCUGUCUGUCAUCAUCAUCGUCAGGGGAAAACACACCAUGUCUGUCAUCAUCACCAUCAGGGGGAAAACACACCCUGUCUGUCAUCAUCACCGUCAGGGGAAAACACACCCUGUCUGUCAUCAUCACCAUCAGAGGGAAAAUAUACCCUGUCUGUCAUCAUCACUGUCAUGGGGAAAACACACCCUGUCUGUCAUCAUCACCGUCAGGGGGAAAACACACCCUGUCUGUCAUCAUCACCGUCAGAGGGAAAAUACACCCUGUCUGUCAUCAUCACCGUCAGGGAAAAAUACACCCUGUCUGUCAUCAUCACCGUCAGGGGGAAAAUACACCCUGUCUGUCAUCAUCACCGUCAGGGAAAAAUACACCCUGUCUGUCAUCAUCACAGUCAGGG